AUGCAAAACAACAAAAAGAAGAAGACCAGCGCAAUUAUGUUCAUCGAUUCUGUACGUAUCACAGAAAAAGGUACGAAAACUUAUUACGGAUGCAUCUAACGUUAACGUUGAGCGGAAUACAGAUCCCGAAGUUACUUUGGGAGCUCCGACAAGAGAAGAUGAUAGAAGAUUUUCAAUGAAAAGGUUUGGACUGGACUGUUUAGAAUAUGUAAGUUACAGGCGAGCAGUGAGAGGAUUUGUCAGCCAGUCUGUGUGCCAAUGAUGCGCCGUCAUUGGUUGCUGGUUGGUGCUUGUGGCUGGGUGCUGCUUAUCCUUAUGUUUGUCAGCAAGUUCAUCAACUUCAGCUUCAGAAUACCAGGUGACUAUGCGGGGAGGUCAGAGAUAUUUGUUUGGACUUUGUCAUCUGUUACAACAAAACUUCCUUCAGUUAUGUGGCCGGACAAGGGAGCAUCACAGCCAUAUAUAUUGUCUUCAGUUAGUCCCUCUGUGGUGGAACCCAUAGACUGGCACUUAGUGAAUGAGAAGCGUUUGGAGCAGUUAUCAACAGUUUGCAGCAAUUCAUCUAUUUGGAACCUUACUCACACAACUGUGCGCAAGUUUGUCUUGGACCGCAUUUUUGUUUGUGACAAGCACAAGAUACUCUUCUGUCAGACACCCAAAGUUGGAAACACACAAUGGAAAAAGGUUCUAAUUGUCCUUAAUGGAAAGUUCUCAAAGGUUGAAGCUAUACCAGAGAACCUAGUUCAUGACCAUGAAAGAAAUGGCUUACCUCGCCUGUCUUCUAUGACUGACACAGAAAUCCAUCAAAGGUUGAAUUCCUAUUUCAAGUUCUUUAUUGUCAGAGACCCAUUUGAGCGCCUUAUAUCUGCUUUCAAGGAUAAGUUUGUGAAGAACCCAAGAUUUGAACCGUGGUACAAACAUGACAUUGCCCCAGCCAUUGUUCGCAAAUAUCGCAGAAGCCACCACGAUGACAGUGAAAGUGUUGGUCUUCGGUUUGAGGAUUUUGUGCGUUACUUGGGUGACAAAACAGGCAGACAGCACUUGGACAGGCAGUUUGGUGACCACAUUAUUCACUGGCUGACAUAUGCUGAGCUUUGUGCUCCUUGUGAUAUUUCCUACAAUGUUGUGGGACACCAUGAAACUCUGGAGCUUGAUGCACCUUAUAUUUUAAAAUCUGCUGGAAUUGCUGGUCUGGUGUCAUACCCCAGUAUCCCACCAGGCAUAACGCGCUACAACCGCACAAAAGUGGAACGCUACUUUUCUGGAAUCAGUCAACGAGACAUUCGUCGUCUUUAUGCUCGUUACCAGGGAGACUUCAGCUUGUUUGACUACCCGAAACCUGCCUUCUUACUAAACUGACAGGGAGAUUUCUUGUGAAUAUCUAGGAGUUUAUAACUUACUGAAAAAUAGGUUGCCUCGUCCAUUGGGGUUGAGUCCUUACGCCUACAUGAUGGAUGGAUGGAUGGAUGGAUGGAUGGAAUAUAUAUAUUUUUUACACUAAUCUGUGACUUUACACAAUAAUUUAUUUACAUGUUUGCAUUUGACUUGGUCAAGGCACUUUAAACCAUAAUCUUCUUAUUGUUUUUUUUUUUUUAAACCAUUGAUCUUUUUGUUGUUUUUAAAUGUAUGUUUUGACAAAUUUUCAAUUGUUUUAGAGUGCAAGUUUUCUGUUUACCAUAUAGUGAUUCAAUUGUAAUAUUACUUUACGAAUUUAAUUCAUUUCAGACAUAGAUCAAAUGUAGACUUUAUCCAUUGUUUUUUUUUUUUUUUGAUGCCUUUUUCAAAAAAUAAAUAAAAUGUUCUUUAUUGUGAAA